UUCUCUUUCCUCUUCCCUUUCCUCUUCCCUUUCCUCUUCCAUUGACUUCAAAACUGAAAGAGCGUCCUCUGAAGCCUCAUUUGGUGUAGUUGUGGUGGAAGUGGUUCAGGGGCACUACAGGGAUGCACCUGGGCACAGGGCUAGAAGGAAACCACCGUCUUCCUGCCUACACAUGAUGUGACGUGGGCUGCGGUUUAUAAACCUGCCGUGUCUGUCAGGCGCUGGCUCCCAACAUAUCACGGGUAAAAAUGGCCCCUGGAUGACACACCAAGAGCCAAGAUGCACCUGAGUCUCUGGGCUGCAGUUUUGCUGCCAGGACAGGACCUGUCCCAGCCCCCAUUCCUGCCAGGAACCCUCAGUGGGGGUCUCCAGGGAGGGACAGGCAAGCCAGCACUCCCAGGACUGGUCUCUGGCCCUGACCAAGAGCCUUUUCCAUUUGCUGCUCCCAUCAAUAGCAAGGCAGGGGCUAUCCCUUCCCAUCUCGAUGCAGUCCUGGUGCAGUCCUAUAUAUGCCUAUAUAUGCCUAUAUAUGGCUUCUACAGCACAGGGGUAUUUGGACUGUCACAUCUUGUGCUGUUGAACUUUCCUACUCAGGAGAUGCGCAGUUCCUGCAGGGUGCAACAGUGACAGACCCAUCUUCCCCACAGCCAGAGCAGGUUCCAUGUUGAUGCCCACCAGAACAAUGUGACACCCACAGCGGCCUCAAUCCCUCAUCAUAUAUGGUCAUAAACAGCACUGGCAGAGUUCAUUGGAGAGCUGGGUUGCGUCAGAAAGGAGAUUACUGCCGAUAAUGUCUAAAAAGGUGUCUGCUGCUUCAAUUGGCUGCUGCUGCAAUCUGGGCAAGUAUUUGUAGAUAUAUAUUGCUCUCCAGUUGUUACUGUCCCCAGGAGUCCCCAGGAACUAUAGCAGGGUGUGGAGCACAGAAAGGCUGUGCCAGACGACAAGAGACUUGGGAUGGGGACAGAGGGACUCCUGCCACCUUGGGUGCUGUGGCUGCUCCUCUUUGUGCAGCCAUGCAAAGGUAGGUUCUCAUUCCCUUGUCCCACAGUCCAGGGCAAGCAGGCACCAAUGGGGUCACUGGGGUCUCUCUGGGAAGAGUCUUCUCAGGGUCAGACAACAGAAAAAAGGGCUCCAACCUCAGGGCCUGUGAGUGCGACUGAGCAGGGCGGAACCCAAAUCCAUGGUGUGGGGCUCAGCACUCUCCUGAUGAGUCUUAUGUUAGUGUUUGAAGGAGUUGCAGAGGUGAGGCUGGCAAAUGGCAGUGUGCACUGUGUUGGGAGAGUGGAGGUGAAAUACAACAAUGAGUGGGGGACCGUGUGUGACGACUCGUGGGACAUGAAUGAUGCCGCAGUGGUUUGCAAGCAGUUGGACUGCGGGUCUGCUAUAGAAGCUCCUCACUACGGACACUUUGGGCCAGGAUCUGGCCCCAUUUGGAUGGAUGACGUUGCAUGUAAUGGCUCUGAGUCUGCACUGUCUGGUUGCACACAUUCAGGAUGGAAAAAACAUAACUGUGUUCACAGUGAGGAUGCCGGAGUUACAUGUUCAGGACCUAUUCGGCUUGUUGGAGGAGACAAUGACUGCUCAGGUCAUGUGGAGAUCCAUGAUGGAAAACAGUGGAAAUCUGUAUGUGAUUCACACUUCGGUCCCAAAGCUGCCGAUGUUGUCUGCAGGGAUUUGCUGUGUGGCAAAGCCCUGCUGUUACCCAGAGCAACUCCUUUAGAUGAAGAAGUCAGUCCCAUCUGUGACAGAGAUCUGCAGUAUGUGAUGAAUGCAUCUGUCCUCACCUCCUGUCUCAAGGAAUCCUCCAUCAACCAGUCCUGCACUCAUACAAAUGGCACUCACGUCACCUGCACAAAGUACACAGGGUUCAGGCUGGUGAACAGCAGCACGGUGUGUGCAGGCAGGGUGGAGGUCCAGGUGAUGGGGACCUGGGGCACCCUCUGUGCCUCUCGUUGGGAUCUCUCGGACGCCCACGUUCUCUGUCAUCACCUUGGCUGUGGGUUUGCGGAGACCGUUCCUAAAGGAGGGCAUUUUGGGAGAGGAACCGGCCCUGUCUGGAGUGACUCGUUCCACUGUGAGGGGAGUGAAGCCCACCUGGCUCAGUGCCCAGUGACCGUCCUGGGGGCCUCUCUGUGCUCUCAUGAGAACGAUGCCGCUGUCAUUUGCUCAGGCCUCGCUCGCCCCAUGUCCCUGCAGCUGGUGGACGGAGGGAGUCAGUGUGAUGGGCGUGUGGAGAUCUUCCAGCACAACACAUGGGGCAGGGUCCUGGAUGACCAGUGGGACCUGGAGGAAGCCAGAGUGGUGUGCCGGCAGCUGCGCUGUGGAGAGGCGGAGGCAGCCUAUAUCCCUCUGAGAGCCCAGCGAGGGACGGGCCCCGUGGGGCUGCGUGGGGUGCGGUGUGCAGGGCACGAGGCCAGCCUGAGUCUCUGCAACACCUCCCUGCCAGAGGCCACGGGCAUCAUGGAGGACGUGGGGGCCGUGUGCCAGGGGAGCCGAAGGGUCCGACUGGUGGAUGGGGCCGGGCGCUGUGCAGGGAGAGUGGAGAUCUACUACCAGGGCCAAUGGGGCACGGUCUGCGAUGACGCCUGGGACAUGGCUGACGCUGAUGUCGUUUGCCGCCAGCUGAGCUGCGGGUGGGCUGUGGAGGCGGCCAACUCCGCUCGGUUUGGGGAGGGCUCCGGGCAGAUCUGGCUGGAUGGUGUAAACUGCUCUGGGACUGAAGCUGCUCUCUGGGACUGUCACGUCCAGGAGUGGGGACAGCAUGACUGCGGGCACAAGGAGGACGCGGGAGUCAUCUGCUCAGAGUUCAUGGCCCUGAGGCUGGAGAACAAUGAUGGCUGCUCUGGGCGCCUGCAGGUUUUCUAUAACGGAAAGUGGGGCAGUGUUUGUUCCAACUCGAUGACUCCUCACACAGUGCCAUUGGUGUGUAAGCAGCUGGGCUGUGGGGACAGUGGGACCCUGGAAAUGAGCUCGCGCUACGAUAAGCUUUCUGGCACUGCAUGGCUGGAUCAUAUCGAGUGUGGGAAGAGCAAUAGCUCCUUCUGGCAGUGUCCUUCUGCACCCUGGGACCCACAGUCAUGUGAUGAUCUGCGAGACGAGACCAACAUCACCUGCAGUGGGAAACAGCCAGGAAGGCCUCUGGUUGCAGCAUGUCCCAACUCCACCAGUUGCACAGACAGGGAGAAGAUUCGUGCUGUGGGAGGCAAGGACAGAUGCUCAGGCAGAGUGGAGGUCUGGCACCACGGCUCCUGGGGGACAGUGUGUGAUGACUCAUGGGACAUGCAGGACGCUGAGGUGGUGUGCCAGCAGCUGGGCUGUGGCCCUGCAGUGUCUGCCUUGACUGAGGCUGCAUUUGGGGAGGGUACAGGACCCAUCUGGCUGGAGCAAGUGGAGUGCAAAGGAACGGAGUUGUCUCUGCAGGACUGCUGGGCCCGGCCUGGAGACAGUGGUGUCUGCCGGCAUAAAGAAGAUGUUGGAGUGCAUUGCUUAGCUUCACCCAGGAUGACAGCAUUCCCCCCAAAAGCAGACUAUCCGAUUGGCAGAGGGAGAGUCUUCGUGCCUGUUGUCAUCUGCAUUAUCCUGGGGGCUCUUCUCUGCCUGCUCCUGGCCCUCCUGGCUGGGUGGAUGCAAAGUGCAAAGGCUCAGUGCAGAGGCUCCAGGAGAACUGAGGAGCCCUUCCCCGAGGCUGUGUAUGAGGAGAUCAGAUACAGCCCUCCAUGGGAGAAGGAGACAGUGUUUUAUCACUCAGACGUUGCUAUCCUGCCCAGAGGUGAUCCAGAAGAUGGCUAUGAUGAUGCCAAGGAGGUUUCUGAACCUGAGAAUAAUCCUGUCUCUGGGCAGGAUCACUGUGAGGUGCCCAGGACACGAGAGGAGGGAGAGAAGCCCAGGAAUGCAGUCAGAGGUAAGAGGGAAAUGAAAUGCAGCACUGCUAGUUACCAUGUACCAUUCUUUAUCUUAGGUGAAUUGCUGCAGUACCAAAAGCCCAGUCUCUCAUGAUGGUGAACCUGCCCCAGGGAGAUUUCCUUGGAGGAAAUGGGUCUUGGACAAAGGGCUCAUGGCCAGUGAGAAAAAGGAAGGAUUGUGAUGGGUAGCCCCAAAGGGGUAUCCUAUGGAACAAACCACAGUGCUUGUCUUACUGCUUGCAGGGGUAAGUCUGCACUCCCAGAGAAGUACUGGAGCCUCUAGAGUGGAUGGAGAUACCUUGUCCUUGUUCCUGAGGAGCACGGGC